CCCUCCGGCCCCCCUGGCCCGCGCGCCGGUCCCUCCUCCCUUUCCCCGCUCGCCCCUCCCCGGCGGGCCAGGCGCUGGGACACCCCGGCGGAGCAGGCGGCGGCGGCAGCGAGUUGGGGAGCCCCGGGCUCCGCGCUGCCGGUGGGGCCCGAGCCGAGCCGCCCCCGCCCCGGCCCGGCCGCGCCGGCCCAGCUUGCCUCCGGGCCACGCCCUGUCAAACUUUGUUGCUGCGGCCGCCGCGGCGGCGAGCGGAGCGGGCCGGCCAGCGGGAGGGAGGGAGGGGCGGGCGCCGGGCCGGGCGCGGGCGGCGAGGGGCUCCGAGAGCGGCGGCCCCGGCCCGCGGCCCCACCAUGCCCCAGCUCGGCGGCGGCGGCGGCGGCGGGGGAGGCGCCGGCGGCGGCGGCUCGGGCGCCGGGGCGGCCGGCGGAGGGGAUGACCUCGGGGCCAACGACGAGCUGAUCCCCUUCCAGGACGAGGGGGGCGAGGAGCAGGAGCCGAGCAGCGACAGCGCCUCGGCGCAGCGGGACCUGGACGAAGUCAAGUCGUCCCUGGUUAACGAGUCGGAGAACCAGAGCAGCAGCUCGGACUCGGAGGCGGAGAGGCGUCCGCAGCCCGCCCGGGACGCUUUCCAGAAGCCGCGGGACUAUUUUGCCGAAGUGAGAAGGCCCCAGGACGGCGCGUUCUUUAAGGGUCCCCCCUACCCUGGGUACCCGUUCCUGAUGAUACCGGACCUGAGCAGCCCGUACCUCCCCAACGGACCCCUGUCUCCGGGAGGAGCGCGCACGUACCUGCAGAUGAAAUGGCCCCUCCUCGAUGUCCCCGCCAGCGCCACGGUCAAGGAUACCAGGUCACCGUCCCCAGCACACUUGUCUAAUAAAGUUCCUGUUGUUCAGCACCCGCACCACAUGCAUCCGUUGACGCCCCUCAUCACCUACAGCAACGACCACUUCUCCCCCGGCUCCCCUCCCACGCACCUCUCCCCAGAGAUCGAUCCAAAGACAGGAAUCCCCCGGCCCCCUCACCCAUCUGAGCUGUCUCCGUAUUACCCACUGUCUCCCGGAGCUGUCGGGCAAAUCCCCCAUCCCCUCGGCUGGCUCGUCCCACAGCAAGGACAGCCCAUGUACUCCCUUCCUCCCGGCGGCUUCCGGCACCCCUACCCUGCGCUCGCCAUGAAUGCCUCAAUGUCCAGCCUGGUUUCCAGUCGGUUCUCCCCUCACAUGGUGGCUCCGGCCCAUCCUGGUCUGCCCACCUCAGGGAUCCCCCACCCCGCUAUCGUCUCCCCCAUCGUCAAGCAGGAACCGACGCCCCCCAGCCUGAGCCCGGCCGUGAUCGCGAAAUCACCUGUCACAGUGAAAAAAGAGGAAGAAAAGAAACCCCACGUGAAGAAGCCUCUUAAUGCCUUCAUGUUAUAUAUGAAGGAGAUGAGGGCCAAGGUGGUGGCCGAGUGCACCCUGAAGGAAAGUGCAGCCAUUAACCAGAUCCUGGGGAGAAAGUGGCACAACCUGUCCCGAGAAGAACAGGCCAAGUACUAUGAACUGGCCCGGAAGGAGCGGCAGCUUCAUUCGCAGCUCUACCCGACCUGGUCAGCCCGAGACAACUACGGUAAGAAAAAGAAGAGGAAGCGAGAAAAGCAGCUGUCCCAGACCCAGUCCCAGCAGCAAGUCCAGGAGGCAGACGGUGCUCUGGCCUCCAAAAGCAAGAAGCCAUGUGUCCAGUACCUGCCCCCUGAGAAGCCCUGUGACAGUCCUGCCUCCUCCCACGGCAGCAUGCUGGACUCGCCGGCCACACCCUCCACGGCCUUGGCCUCCCCAGCUGCCCCGGCCGCCACCCACUCAGAGCAAGCCCAGCCCCUCUCCCUCACCACCAAGCCAGAGACCCGGGCCCAGCUGGCUCUCCACUCGGCUACCUUCCUGUCAGCGAAGGCUGCCGCCACCUCCUCUGGCCAGAUGGGCAGCCAGCCCCCCGUCCUGUCCCGGCCCCUCCCCCUGGGGUCCGUGCCCACAGCUCUGCUGACGUCCCCCCCUUCCUUCCCAGCCACUCUCCAUGCCCACCAGGCCCUCCCCGUGCUCCAGGCCCAGCCUCUUUCCUUGGUCACCAAGUCUGCCCACUAAGCUGCCCACUCACCUAUGCAGGCUGUCACGUGACUCAUCGAGUAGUAAUGAU